AUGACGGGGUUGGACGUCCGAGAUGAUAGUAGCACGUCCGUGUGCGUCGGUAAGUGGCGAUCGGUCAAAAGAGACGCCAAGUGUUCGACCGAUCGGGCAACGUUCUCCAAAGCUCUGAGCUCCGCUCCUUGCUCCGCUUCAAGUCCCUCGUUCGAGCUGCGGAUGUCCUCAUCACAAUUUAUGCAGGGUCAAGAAGCCAUUCGCACCGAGAUGCGAGAACAUCAGCAGAAGACCGACGCCCAUCUCAAGCUAGUCGAUAACGAGAUAGCGCAAUUUGCUGCCUCUGUCCCUUCGCGACCUCAGGGAUCACUUCCCGGGAACCCGGAAGCAAACAUUCGAGAGCACUGUAACGCUGUAUCUUUGCGCAGUGGCAAAGAGGUCGCUCACCCUGUCAUCACAUCUACGGAAAAAGGUCAGUGCUCUAAUUCUGUCCCUACAUCUUUUCCUGACCCCAUCUCGGCUGAAAAAUCGACAGAGAUCUCGGGUGAUGAAGAGCGCGACGUAUACAUUCCACCGCCACCAUGUCCGCCUCCGGUUCCUUUCCCUCAACGACUCAGGAAAACUAAAGAAUAUACCCAAUUUGCUCGAUUUGCUGACAUGGUGCGUAAGUUGGAAAUCACUAUGCCGUUCCACGAGGUUAUCACUCAGAUGCCAUCCUAUGCCAAAUUCCUGAAGGACAUUCUCACAAAGAAGCGCGUCAUCGAGAAGGAAACCAUCACGCUUAAUCCCGAGUGUAGCGCCAUUCUUCAGCAUGAUCUGCCACCGAAAAUGUCGGAUCCAGGUAGCUUCUCGAUUUCCUGCAAAUUGGGAAAUGUUUCUAUAGAUCGUGGUCUUUGUGAUUUAGGUGCCAGUGUAAGUCUUCUACCACUCUCCAUCUACAAGAAACUCAACGUGGGAGAACUCAAACCGACUCGCAUGGCUCUUCAACUAGCUUAUCGUUCUAUCAAAUACCCUCUGGGUAUUCUCGAGAACGUUCCGCUGAAAGUAGGCGAUUACUACGUACCGGUCGAUUUCGUUGUGCUUGACAUAGACGAAGAUGCCAAAAUCCCGAUUAUUCUAGGGCGGCCAUUCUUUAACAACUCAAAUGCCAUUGUCCACGUUCGUGCCGGCCGACUGACACUCAAGAUCGGCGACGAAACGGUGGAAUUCACGCUCGACCAGAAUUUCAAGCAACCAUAUACAGUGGACUCUAUAUAUUACAUCGACUUGAUGAAUGCUUUAGCCGAUGAGGUACUCUUUGAAUUUCGUGAUUUCGAUGCCCUCUCUAUUGCUCUUCUUUCUGAACAGGGCUGCAGUACCUCUACGGAAACUCAGAUUCACGCAUACACAUCAUUCCUGGACGGUUUAGACGAAAUGCCAUGCAACACGGACGUGUCUCAUACAAACACGGACCAUGUCGAUAUUCUGCCGAAAAACAUCGAACGACACACGCCCGUGUUUGCCACCAGCUCAGUCCGUGUUUCAUGCAACACGGUCGUGUCAUCAUUCGACACGGACUGUGUCAAAUGUCUGAGCAAUUUUUCGAAACAAGACACGCCCGUGCACAACUCGACACGGCCGUGUCGAGUGUGA